UUCCAAUCAAUAAUUAUAUUUAUUAAGAUCUUAUUUUUUAUCAAUAUUUUCCUUGAUUCUUUCUUAUAUUCCAUUUUCUAUAUUUUUUAAUUUAUUUCACUAUGCUCUACCUUCUUCUUGUAUUCCAACUUCCAACAUCAUCAGCAUCUUCAUGAAUUCAUCCAUCCUUUCUUCUAACUCUCACUCUCUUUCCUCUACAAAAAUGGCACUUCUAAAAAAUCCCCAUUUUGCCCUCAUCACCAUUAUUAUCAUCUUAACAUUGUCUCUUUUAAUCUUCCCGAUUUACAGUCUUAACAUACCUCAAAUUCUCUCCCAAUACCCAGAUCUCUCAGAUUUCACUUCGCUCCUGAAGUCUUCUAGAAUCUCCGACGAAAUUUCUAGAAGAUCCUCUCUUACAAUCCUCGCCGUUCCUAACUCCUACCUCCGUUCCUCAACCCCCACUUUUCCGUCUCAAUCUCCGUCAACUCUAGCUGACGUCGUCCGCUACCAUAUCCUCUUGCAAUACCUUACCUUGUCGGAUCUCCGUCAAAUCAAACCCACGGGUCUACUAAUCACAACACUUCUUCAAACCACGGGCAAAGCUCCGAACAAUCUCGGAUCCUUAAACGCAACAUUCAACCCUUCAAACGGUGUCGUUUCUUUUCACCCACCUAACAACAACUCCAUUUCCUCUAAUGUGAUCUCCCUCAUUGAAACAAUUCCAUACAAUCUAUCAAUCUUCGCAGUUGAUUCACUCCUUAUGCCAUACGGGUUCAAUCUAAUGGCGUCAGAAACCCGCCCGCCUGAACCCGGUUUGAACAUCACACGGGCAUUAAUCGAUGGGCAUGAAUUUAAUGUUGCUGCUUCAAUGCUGCUAGCUUCAGGGGUAGUUUCGGAAUUCGAAGAAGACGAAGGUGGGGCUGGAAUCACCCUUUUUAUUCCUAUUGAUAAAGCCUUUGCAAAUUUACCAUCAAAUGUAGAAUUACAAGCUUUACCAGCUGAGACUAAAUCUCUGGUAUUGAAAUUUCAUGUUCUUCAUAGCUAUUAUCCAUUGGGUUCACUUGAAUCGAUUGUUAAUCCGGUUCAACCCACUUUAGCUACCGAGGAUAAUGGGGCGGGUAGCUUUACGUUGAAUAUUAGUCGGGUUAAUGGGUCGGUUGCGAUUAAUACGGGGAUUAUUCAAGCUACGAUAACUCGGACAGUAUUUGAUCAAAAACCGGUUGCUAUUUAUGGGGUUUCUAGUGUUCUUUUACCUAAGGAGAUUUUUGGUGAAGGGAAGGGUAAAGGAGUAAAAGUAAGGGGUGGAAGUGAAAGUGGGCCGUAUAUGGCGGCCCAACCACCAGAAAUUGGUCUAUCACCGGAUAGUUAUUCCGGCGGGCCAAGCUAUUUGUCGCCAAUAGAAGCGGUGACUUCAUCCGGAGGAACAAGGAAUUGGGGAUGGAUCAUGUUUUGUAUAGCAUUGUUGUGUAUGGAUAUUGUAAGUCAUGCUUGAUUGAUUUUGAUAUUUUGUUUUUUGGUAAUUAUAUAAUUUAUUUAUUUCAUUUGAUUGUUUUUAUGGGGCGAUUUUAUUUUGGUAAUUUGUAAUUACAUUUUGAUCGGAAUAUUGAUAGUAGUACUAGUAAGUUCUCCUCUAGGAAGCAAAAAAAUUGGGGAAAAUUAGAGGAAUUUGUUUUGAUAAUUUGUAAUUACAUUUUGAUCGGAAUAUGAAUAUUGAUAAUGUCAUUGAGGAAUUUUUUGGGAGAAAAAAUAGGAAUUGUGAAGUAAGUUGAGUAAAUUCACAAAAUUAGUCUAACAUGUGAGGGUUUUCCCUUUGUUUUUGGGUUUUAUUCUUUAAGAUUGUAUAAAGCAUGAGUAAUUUAAUGAGUUCCAACGUUCAA